AUGUCUGGCGAUAUUGGUCUGGAGAAGGCCAAAACGGACAACACUAUCCAUACACCUACAUUGGAUGUUGAGCCUGGAAAGCUCACAGAGAAUGAUACUACCUAUGACCCAGUCUUUGGUGAGGUCACCGGAGAUGGACCCAACUACCGCAGCGUCGGCUGGCUAGGAACGGUUGCCCUGAUGAUGAAAACACAGAUUGGUCUGGGUGUCCUCUCUAUCCCCGCUGUCUUCGACAAGGUGGGCGUGGUGCCGGGCGUGAUACUUCUCUGCGUCGUGGCCGGAAUAGCAACGUGGACAAGCUAUAUGGUUGGUAUAUUCAAGCUCAAUCAUCGUGAAGUGUAUGGAAUGGAUGAUGCAGGGGGAUUGAUGUUUGGAAGAGCUGGUCGAGAGGUCUUUGGACUGGCAUUUAGUCUAUACUGGAUAUUUGUUGCCGGGUCUGGUAUCCUAGGCCUCUCUAUCGGCUUGAAUGCCAUCUCAUCCCACGGAACAUGCACCGCUGCCUUUGUUGUCGUGGCUGCCCUUGCUGGGUUCCUUCUGGCGAGUAUCCGUACACUGGGGAGGAUAAGCUGGAUAGCAUGGGUUGGUCUCGGCUGCAUUGUUACAUCUGUCCUCGUCGUCACAAUCGCUGUCGGCAUUCAAGGAGGUCCCUCAACUGCACCCCCAGGCUGGUCUUCGGACUACAAAAUCAUAAACUAUCCCUCCUUCGCAGAAGGCGUUUCGGCAGUGUCAACAUUAUUAUUCGCCUGCUCCGCCACACCAGCGUAUUUCUCCCUCGCAGCAGAAAUGCGCGACCCGCGGUACUUUACCCGCGCUCUCGUUAUCAGUCAGCUCGGCUCGACUCUGCUGUAUCUCGUCGUUGGUGUUGUGGUUUACUACUACUGCGGGACCAUGGUCGCCUCUCCUGCCCUAGGGUCUGCAGGUACUCUGAUUAAGAAAAUCGCCUAUGGCCUAUCCUUGCCCGGCCUAAUCGCUACAACGACUAUCGUGAUACAUGUACGUGAACAGCUCCCAAGCAAAUACUUCUUCGUCCGCAUUCUGCGCGGCUCAGCACAUCUAACCUCCAACUCCCUAAUCCACUGGACAACCUGGAUAGCCUGCACAUUCAGCUGCACGGUCAUCGCAUAUAUAAUCGCCAGCGGGAUCCCGGUCUUCAACGACCUCGUCUCGCUUGUCGGCGCCUUGCUGGGUGCGUUCCUGGCCUACCAACCUACUGGGUGUAUGUGGUUCUACGAUAACUGGCACCAGCGCAAGACGACGGAUAGGCCGUGGUUGUGGAUGCUUCUUGCGGCCUGGGCGGGGUUUGUUAUCGUCUCUGGGACCUUUAUGACUGUUGCUGGGACUUAUGGGUCGAUUGUCGGGAUUAUGCAGUCCCUUAGUGCUGGGGGAGGGUCGAGGCCUUGGACUUGUGAGGAUAAUUCAAAUUCGUAG